AUGGAAAUACUCGGGAAGACCGAUAAAUUGAUAACCCGGUAUUUCCAAGAAUCUCGACACGUAGAAGAUAUCCUCGGAAUAAAAGAAGAGGGUGAGGAGCGAGACAUCUGGAGACGAUACAGCAAAGAGCGGAUGAAGACAGUUUCAGUCGCGCUUGUACUAUGCCUGCACAUAGGAGUAGAUCCGCCGGAUUCGGUGCCGAAGCCGUCGGCGCGCGCAAGGCUAGAAGCUUGGGUCGAUCCGUACAGUUGCAGUCCACAAAAAGCCGCGUACAAGAUUGCGACAUCCUUGCAGAAGAGUUACGAACGUUGGCAACCGCGAGCAAGGUAUAAAUCUGUAAUUGACCCGACGGGCGAUGAUGUUCGCAAAAUUUGUAUGAGUAUGAGGCGAAAUGCCAAAGACGAGCGUGUAUUGUUUCACUACAACGGUCACGGUGUACCAAGACCCACUCAAAAUGGUGAAAUUUGGGUCUUCAACAAGAAUUUCACGCAGGUGAGACAGAAAAUUCGAAGUAAACUGCACUGA